UUUAAUUAGAAUUUUUUUUCCAGUCUAUGAUGCUUUGUUUUCAUUUACAUUAAAAUCACAUCGUUUAAAAUUUUUGAUAUUACCCCUUAACAGAGUGGAUCCAUCCAAGUGGAUCUCUCCAAGUAUGGCGGCGGUAUCUGUCAGCAAGAAGUUAAACUUUCACUGAAGCAAGGAUACAUUCUGUUAAAUAUCUCGAAUUUCGGUUACUCUCGUUGUUUUGUCGUGUGCGACAUUACACAGGGAACAACCUUUGAGGAGCUCCUCCGCUUGACGCUUUCGUAUUCGUGAUCUGUUUGCCAGCUAGCUUACUGGAGAGCUUUCCUCGAAGUUAGCUGGCUAGCUAAGGUAGCUGUCUGUUUAGCUAAGAUAGCUGUCUGUUUAACUAGGUUAUCUGGCGCAAGAGCUGGCAGGUGGUUUCAGAUUUACUGACCACGGGUAGGUUUAUCAAGAAGAAAUCGCCGAAGACUUAUGUUUAUUAUUUACAACCAAGGACGUCGCUUCCGUCUUCAUUUUACGUCACUGGCUCCCAAUUAAGUCGGAUGUUUUUCGAUGUGCCCCCCACCACAGGGAGUCUGAUUUGCUAGCACCAUCAGUCCUGGCAAAUCAAUGGAGAAACUUCAGGAUUUCAGCCAAUCCGAAUUACAGGAUUUGCUGGAUAACUCUGAGCGGGUGGAGUCAAUGGCAUUGGAAUCUGAUGAGAUCCAGAACAUGCAGCUGGAGAGGGAAAUGGCUCUGGCAUCCAAUCGCAGCCUGGCCGAGCAGAACCUCGACAUGAAACCCCAGCUGGAGCGCGAGAGAGAACGCCUAGUGGGGAAGUACACUGAACUGGAGGAAGUGAGAGAGAAAUACAAACAACACUGCGCCCUUAGAGAUGGGAUUAUGGGACAGGUGUCACCUGAAGGAUUGCUUUCUCGUCUACAGGCAGAGGGCGCCAGCACAGAGGUCGAGUCAGAAACUCUAGCUGAUGAGUUUCUGGAAGGUUCCUUGUCACUUGACUCCUUCCUUGAGCGCUUCCACUCCCUCCGAUCCCUCGCUCACAAAAGGCGUGUUGGCAUUGAGAAGCUGCAGGAGAUCCUCCGCCAGAAAAGCCUAGGAGUCGGAGACUCUGGCGUGACAUCACAAUCGUGCUCCAAUCCGGACACUGGGUCACUGUCACCAUGGCAACAGCAGCAACCCCAGCAACAGCCACAACAGAAACCCAGCGUGUGCACCAACCCCUCCAGCUCUGCCCUACCUUACUCUGCUUACCCUGUUUCUCCUCCAAACCAACCCGCUCCGGUCUCUGCAGCAGUCCCCUCCAACCCUUCUGCUGCAUUUCAGCCAUAUCCCAGCCAGGGUACAACCUUUCCCCCAUCCACAGGGUACCCUGCGUCCCGGCCUGCCUUUGGCCUCUCUGCAUGCCCGUACCCCACCCAGCCUGCAUUUCCUGCUCCCCAAGGCCCACCAUUUGGGCAGUUUGGCUCCACUAAUACUCCAUACCCCAGUCCAUACCCUUAUGGGGGUUAUAGUUACCCCAUGGGCCCAAAUAUGCCCCCUUCCCAAACACCUUCAGGAAAGCCCCUUUAUAGGCCAGGGUUUGGAGUACCACAGCCAUACUCCUGAACCCUAGUAUCCAUCUUUUCUCUUUGUUGUCUCUCACUGUUUUUCUCCCUGUUUAUUUCUCUCUCUCUUUCUCUCUCAUUUUCUCUAUACCUGUCUAAAACCCACAAGUCUCUGUUUUGUCUCUGUCUUCACUCCACUCUGCCUCCUCCUGGCACUGAGAUUUGUGGUUUGCUUACCCCUGAUGCAUUCUCUUCCUGUUUGAGGCUUACAGAGAACAUUUUUCAUUGGGUUUCCACUUCUCCCAUUGACACCUCAAUGAAUAAAUGCGUCUUAAACUUAUCAGAGACCAAAAUGGACAUUACACUUGACUCUGGACCCACUUCCUGGUUAUUCUAGCAUGUUUUCAGUUCAGAGAUUGCGAAUCAUUGAUAGGGUGUUGACUAUUUGGUGUUGCGUUUUAAUUUUGUUAGACAGGAUAGUGUUGCUGUUUGGCCUCAUUAGGAUAUGGUUCAUUGUCAUUUUUCAUCUUUUAUUUAACUACUAAUGAAAAUGUCACACUACCUUCUCAUAUGCAUCACGCAGUUUUGGGCUACUCCAUUGCUUUUGUAGCCACUUAGCUGUUACAUAUGUUUGUGUCUGUCUGCCAUUUACCGAAGACACAAACUCCUUCACAGACACUCUAUUUUCAGACCUGUUACUUGGGUGGAUUUGACCCUUGUACCACACUAUUCCUAUUACUUGUCAAUGAGUGCAAUCAGUUCUGUGAUAAAUGCAAGAGUACAACUGCCCCCCCCAAUAUCUUUAUCUGCCGCAUUGGCAUCCUGCUCCAGCUCUCCUCACUUUUUCUUAGCCUUGUAUACUGUUGUUUUUUGUUUUUCUUCUCAUUUUUGUUCUCUUCCUUUGCUCCAUGUUAAUUUAAAACAAUAACAGUUACAAGAAAGGAACAGUAUAUUUCCAAGUUCUCUAGUGGAGAUUUGUAUAAACAGAUACAAAUAAUAAUGGUAAAUAAGAAAACAAGGGAUAUUAAUAUAGACAUAUCUUUAUCUGCUAUAGCACAGUAUGUGGUGUGGCGUUUAAGGCAAGGGAAUAAACGGCACAGCGCGUAUGCAAGGGAGUACGGACUACAUAAUAUCCUUAGCAGUGUCCAUGGAGCAUUCAGUAUCCAUCUUGACAGUGAAAAUGUUUUAAAGGUAAGCUUGUACAGGUAAUUUAUGUGGACCUUGCCAUGAAAGAAGGGUCAGGUUUGGCAUGUUGUAAGACCAAGUUUCCCUGUUGAAAUGGUUUACAAGGCCUUAUUAUAUUUUUAAAGAUGAUGUUUAGUUAUUUCUGGCUAGAUGAAAGCUCUUUGUACCCUGUGUGCAGGCGUUAUGUAGUCCUCCGCAACAGCCCCACACCUCGCGGUGUUUAACUGCUAUGGGUUUACCAAUAGGAUGAUCAUUUUGAAUCACGUUUGCACUCCACAAUAAAUAGCUUAUGUCCCUACGGCAAAAGGGCCUGGGGGCGGAGCCUGAGAACCAUCAGCUUUAAAAUAGAUGCUUUGUGGUAAAUUAAAAAAAAAAUUUCAUUUUAUCAAUCAUUAUUAUUUUUAACUUAAAAGCAAUCAAAAAAAAACAACAACAGAGGCAUUCACAAUCAAGCCUCAGGUGUUUUUGAUUAAUUAAUUAACUCAGUAAUUAAGACUCAGGUUUGGAGCAAAACCCUGUCGUCUGUGGCCCGUCCUCAGGACCUGAAGCGAGGGAGAAAGCUGGCAUCAAAUAAAGGAGGGGAUAUGGGAUAAUAUUUUAGUCGCACACUGUGAUGUGCAGCAUUAGGUGAAAGACAUUCUGUGGGGUUGGUGGUGAUGACUGUAGCCUGUUAAGUGUAUUCUUUUUAUUUUUACUGCUUUUCUUUUUUUGGUGUGGAUAUUAAACACUGAAGUUGAUCUAUGAAAA